GGGCCACCAGGCGUACCUGAGCAGUGCCCCCCACUACGACUUCCCGCGUUACCGGCAGCUGGUGCACGAGAUCACGUUGGCCUUCAGUGGCAUCUCCCGGGAGGUACUGAGCAUCGCCAGGCGCCUACAGCACGAGCUCGCCCGGCCAGACCAUGCCUAGCACCUCGCCCGCCUCCAGGACCGUGAGCAGGAGAAGCGGAGGGGGGGCAGGUCCGGGGAUGCUUUUGGGGGGGAGUGUACAGCGCAGCUCCAGCUGGCCCGGCAGCAGGCGCAGGACCAACCUGAGGUGGACGCUCAUCAGCAGGAGGUGCGGGAGCUCAAACACAAGCUAAUUAAAACCAUUGAGGCAAUCAGCGAAAUUCUCCAGGACCUCAAGUACGAUUCGGAAGAAGUCGAGUGA